AUGCCCGGGGGCGUCGAGGUCGGGAUUUGGGGGCCCACCCGUGGUUGGCAGGAGAAAACCACUCAAUUGACAUCAGCAGGCAACCAGCCCAAGGCACGUUUCGCCUAUCUUCGCCUGCUUGUCUGGGAGCGAAGCAAGAGCGAAGCAACUCAGCAAGAUUGCAAGACUGACCAUGUUCUUGGCAAUCCAGCCAAAUCCGAGCGGGAAGAGGGUCGAGUGAGGCAAAGGAAGACGCGGAUUGGCUGGCUAGUGCUCUUGGCGCGGUCUCGGCUGGCCUUGGCGGUCCUUGGCGGGAUUUACCCCAUCAACCUAUCAAAUGCGGAGACUCCUCCACGUGUGCUCCCUCAUGUCAACUGCGCAAAUAUGGCCGAGAGCAUCGAACCCUUCUGA